AUGAAUUCUCUCUCCACAAGCGCCUUUGGUCCAGUUGCCUUCUCCCUGGGGUUGCUGCUGGUCAUGGCUUCUGCUUUCCCUUGUCGGACUCCUCCGGGAGGAGAUUCCAAAGAGGAUGCCACCUCCAACACACCACAGGCCACCAUUUCAGAUAAGACUAAAGAAUUCAUGAAGUUCAUCAUUGACCAGAUCUCUGCUCUGAAAAAGGAGAUGUGUGAAAAGUAUGACAAGUGUGAAAACAACGAGAUACUGGCAGGAAACAAUAUGAACCUUCCAAAGAUAACAAAAAAUGAUGGAUGCUUCAUUUCUAGAUUCAGUCAGGAGACCUGCCUGACAAGAAUCGUCACUGGUCUUCUGGAGUUUCAAAUAUACCUGGAUUACAUACAGAACAAGUUUGAAGGCAGCAAGGAGAAAGUCACAGUUGUGCAGAGGAGCACCAAAACCCUGGUCCAGAUCCUGAAGCCAAAGGUGAAGAAUCCAGUGACCACCCCCAACCCAACCACAAAUGCCAGCCUGCUCUCCAAGUUGCAGCCACAGAGUGAGUGGCUGAGGAACACAAGGAUUAACCUCAUCCUGCAGAGCCUGGACAUCUUCAUGCAGUUCAGCCUGAGGGCUAUUCACUCUGGACAUUCCAGUUUGUCUCAGCAUCACAUCUCAAAAUUCGUGGACUUUCACUCUCUCAUCCAUCCGCCCAAGAUGCCUAAGGGAAAGAAGGCCAAGGGGAAGAAAGUGACCCCAGCACCCGCUGUGGUCAAAAAGAAGGAGAUCAAGAAGGUGGUGAAUCCCUUCUUCAAGAAAAGACGCAAAAACUUUGGCAUCGGGCAUGAUAUCCAACCCAAAAGGGACCUUACCCACUUUGUCAAAUGGCCCCACUACAUCCAACUGCAGCAGCAAAAGGUGAAUACGAUCACCACCCUGGUGGAGAAGGCCCAACAGGUGGUGAUUGCACACGACAUGGACCCCAUAGAGCUGGUGGUCUUCCUGCCAGCCUUGUGUCAGAAGAUGGGCGUUCCCUACUGCAUCACCAAGGGCAAGGCCAGGCUGGGCCCCCUCUUCCACCGGAAGGCCUAA